AUGGACGAGUUGCGAUUCUUUAAACCUAGAGCUACCAAGAAAUUUAACACGUACAACCCGCAACAAGACAAAUCGACACAUCUUCAAAUCUAUUUGGAGGAAAGGUACAAAUACAACAGAACAGAGUAUGGCGAUUUUUUCAACGAGUUGCAGCAGACCAAGCACAAGGAGAAGAACAAGUACUUGCACGAAUUCUUCCUGAGUAAAAAGUGGGGAAUCUUCAAAGAAACUCUGAGUUACUCGCAUUACCAGGUGAUCAAUUUGACGCUGCAAAACGAUCUGUUCAAAAUUCUCAACUACAUCGAUCUCUACAUGCGUUACGGAAGUUGGCUCGUUAUGUUUGGUUACAUAAUACUCACCUACAUUUUGGCAACGCCGCUCUACCUGUUGUUCUUCUUCCUGUCCAAUUACACGAGGCAAAAGUACAUGACCUUCUGGUUAUGCGUCCCGGCCUUCAAAGGCGUCGGAUUCGCGAUAGGAGUGCUCAAUCUGCACAAAAUCAUCAUGAACAUGGCUCUGGCAUCUUUGGCCGUGUACUUGGGUUUCUGUUCGAUGCUCAUCCCGUUGAAUUACUGCUCCAGACCGGAAGCUUCUCCUUACUGCAGCACGGAAAUGUUCACCGGAAACUGCGAGAUCCGCAACUACACCAUAUUCGAGAGGUCGCAGUUUGUUUAUCCCUCGUUAGAUCUUCUAUACGAGGUUGUUUUCAAUGAGACCGGUCAAUAUGCGAUGAACGGUUAUUGGAUCGUAGCAAGCUUGGUACUGUGGCUGGUCGUUAUGUCGAUGUGCGUUUCGAAGCUGCUGAUGAACUCCAUGUCUAAAUUCAUGAUCUUCCUGUGGAUUUCCAUGCUGAUUUGCUCCCUGUGGGUCUCAAUAAUACAAGGACAUCUUCAUACGAAACUACCCAUUUUUCAUCCUGGCUUGGAAUCAAUGAUCGACUCUAAAUUUUGGGUGCAACUGAUUUUGGUUACAGUGAGGGAAGUUCUUCCUGGUGAUAUAAUAAGUUACUCGGCGCAGAUCAGCACCGAAUCUCGUCCAACCGUCGAAGCUUCGAUAAUGUUUUCGAUGCGUUGCUUGGUAAUCGUCAUCGUCAGCAAUUGGAUCUCCAUGGCAACUUCAGAUUUAGCUAAACGUUAUCACAUGAACAACGCCCACUGUGUGAUGGGCGAUGGAAUGAAUUCCGUGUUUGCUAGUGUUCCCGAGAUGAUGAGCAAUUGGAGCGGCUCCAAAAUCGUCAUUCCGCUUUAUUACGGCGUCCUCACGAUUUGGGGCACGAUGGCCAGCUUCUACAGUCUCAACGGAUUAAUCGAAGCCCUCAUCGGAAUCUUCCCCAAGAUGGUACACGUCAAGUACAUAAGCGCCAGCAUCGUCGGUUUGUGCGCAAUCCUCAAUACCCCACUGCUCACCAACAAAUUCCUCUACAUCUACUUUUACCAAAAAACCAUGUACUUUCCACCUUUAACAAUCUUCGUGCUCAUCGGUGUAUACAUUAUCGUUUACACACCGCUCAGGAUAACGAACGAUUACCAAUUCGCAUUCGGAGUGCGUUUAACUAAAUACUGGAGGGAAGCCAUGAAGUUAUACUCGGUGGCCAUCAUCGUGCUUUCAGUAACCUUCUCUCUGCACGCUUUCAUCGGUCGCCACAGAUUCUAUGUCUUCGUUUACAAUCUGCUCAUGUUCAUAAUAAUCUUCAGUCCAAUAUUCUUUUGCUUUUUCACCAAGACCAUCAGCUACAAAACAAAGAAAACCAAAUAUUUUAUGAAGCCGGAUUACGCCUGGGGACCGCCGAACAAAGAGUUGCGCGACGCCCGUCGUCGCUACAAUCCGAAGCGCGAGUUGAAGCUAAGCGACGCCGUUAUUUGCAAUCACGAUUGCGUCCUGAAUUCCAAAAGUCUGGACAAGGAGGUUCAAAUUUGGGCGGACCGCGAGAAGUACUUCAGCGAUUGGUACGCUCUCUAUCAGCGGACGGCGCGUCACAAGAUC